CAGCCGAUUUUUGUUCGAUUUGACGUGGAAUGCCCCAGCAGGCCGCCCGCCAAGCCGCCGCCCGAGACCGAGAGACGACUCCUGAGCGCCAGCAGCGGAUUGAGCAGCAGGCCGUCCGCCGAGCCGCCGCCCGAGACCGAGAGACGACUCCUGAGCGCCAGCAGCGACUCGCAGAGGACGCCGCCCGUCACGCCGCUGAUCGGCAGCGGGAGGACCGCGCCGCGUUCCUGGCAGCAGACGCCGAGCGGCACCGCCUGCAGCGGGAGGAGCUCCGCCGCCGCGCGCCACACAAGCUGGCGCUCAUCUACAGCCGCGAGGCGUACGUGGCGCCACCUCGCCUGCAGCUGGGCCAGAUGGAGGUCGUUUGUGCCCACUGCGGCGCGCUCCGCUGGCGGCAGGAGUCGCCCGGCGCCUGCUGUCACUCCGGCAAGGUGGCUCCACCCUUCCACCCACCACCGCCUGAGGUGCUGUGUCAGCUCUUCUCGCCAGAGUCGCCACACCAUCGGCACUUCACACAGCAUCUCAGAGCGUUUAAUAGCGCCUUCCAGCUGGCUAGCAUGGGCUGCCAGCAGGUGCGACAGCCAGGCUGGAACCCCGUGUUCACGGUGCACGGCACCGUGUGCCACCGUAUCGGGAGCCUGCUGCCGGCGGAGGGCGCUCAGCCGGAGUACCUGCAAAUUUACUUUUACGACAGGGAGCUGGAAGCACGGAUGGACCUGUACGAGAAUCUACACCCAGAAGUGCUCCAGCAGCUGCAGGAGAUGCUGCACGACAACAACAUCUACGUGCGCGGGCUUCACUCGGCUCUUGAGCUGGUGCGCCGAGAGGACCAACCACUCAGAAUCGUUCUGAGCGCACAGCGUCGACCCGCCACGGAGCACGAGCGCCGCUUCAACUUGCCAGAGACCGGCGAGGUGGCGGUCCUGAUGCCCGAGGAGCCGCAUGGCGUCCGCGACAUCGUCCUGCACCACCGAGACGGCGGUGUGGAACGAAUCAAUGAGUAUCACCGCAGCUACGACCCCCUGCACUACGUGCUGUUACACCCUCACGGCACCGACGGCUGGUCCCUAGAAAUGAAGCACGCCAUGAACAUAACAGCAACAGAGUACUACGCGUUCCAUCUGCGCUAUCGUCCAGGCCAUUUCAAUUUGAUCGCCAGGGGCCAGUCACUCUUUCAGCAGCUACUGGUGGACGCCUUCGCGAAAAUCGAAUCGGACCGCCUCUGCUACCUGCGCCAACACCAGCCGGCACUGAGGACAGAGACGCUGCGCGGCCUGACGGACGCCAUUCACGCCGGUGACGAGCACGGCGCUGAUGUCGGACGCAUCGUGCUGCCGGCAUCCUUUACCGGCAGCGCCCGCUACAUGGUCGCCAAGCUGAACGAUGCCAUGGCGUACGUUCGCGAGUUUGGAGGUGGCGACCUAUUCAUCACGGUCACGUGCAAUCCAAUGUGGGCGGAAAUUAAGGACACCCUGCGACGCCUGUACCCGGGACAGCAGCCUUCAGACCAUCCAGAGGUGGUGUCACAAGUUUUUCGCCAGAAGCUGCGCGGCCUCCUGCACCUGCUCCGAGAAGGCGCGGUCUUCGGUCAGGUCCGUGCCUUCAUCAGCUGCAUCGAGUGGCAGAAGCGCGGCCUCCCUCAUGCCCAUAUCGUCCUGUGGUUGGAGCCAGACGACAAGCCUCGGCCUGACACCGUCGACCUGUUCGUCUCGGCCGGGAUCCCGGACCCGAUAACAGAGCCAGAGCUCCAUGCUGUCGUCACCAGCAAGAUGGUGCACGGCCCGUGCGGUGCCCACCGGCCAGCGGCCCCGUGCAUGGCUGAUGGCGCCUGCACAAAGCGAUACCCGAAGCAGUUCGCCGCUGUCACCGAGGUGAACGACACGGGGUACCCGCAGUACCGCCGCCGCAGCCCGCUGGACGGCGGGCGCACCGUGCAGCUGGCCGGCCGACCCGGUGGUCCUAUCACUGUGGACAACCGCUGGAUUGUGCCAUACAAUCCCCUACUCAGCCGCGCACUGCAAUGCCAUGUCAAUGUGGAGCUCAUCACCCAUGCCUUCACCUGCAUUCGUUACGUCCUCAAGUACGUGACGAAGGGAAGCGACCAGGUCAUGUUCGCGGUGGCACCAGGUGAGCCGGCGGUGGUCGACGAGAUAGCGACCUUUCAGCAGGGCCGCUAUCUGAGCGCCAUGGAGGCCGCCUGGCGCCUGCUCCAGUACCCAAUCCAUGAGCACCUGCCCACAGUAGAAGCGCUGCCGGUCCACCUUGGCGGUCAAGACCGAUUGGUAAGGUUCCACGCCGACGACCAUCUACGGCAAGUGAUUGACAGGCAGGAGCAGUCCAAGCUUACAAGCUUCUUUAACAUCUGCGCAGAGGACGAGUUCGCCGCUACUCUGCUCUAUCAUGAAGUCCCCAGGUACUAUACAUGGCAGACGGCGACAAAAAGCUGGAGGCGGCGGCGGCGGGGAGCACCACAUCCAAACGUGCCGGGGAUAUUCUCCGCACGAGCUCUCGGCCGUGUUUACGCGGUGAGCCCACGCGCCGGGGAACGCUUCUUCCUGCGCCUUCUCCUGCACAACGUGCGGGGGCCGCGCUCAUUUGAGGCGCUCCGCACUGUCAACGGUCAAGAGGCCUGCUCGGUGCUCGGUCUGCUGGAGGACGGCCAGUACUGGCAUCGGGCCAUGGCGGAGGCAGCCGAAAUCACCUUCCCCCGGCAGCUGAGGUGUCUCUUCGCACUCAUCACCAUCGAGGGCCGCGCCAGCUGCGAUAUUCAGCUGCUGUGGCGGAACUUCCGCACAGCCAUGUCGCAGGACGUGCGGCGGCGCCUUCAGCGGCUCGGCCGGCUGGAACAGGACGCCGAUCUCGACGACUAUGACCCCAUGGACGUCGGUGGUGACGACGCGCAACACCCCGUCUUCUCCGAGACACUGCGGCUGAUCGGCCGCCAGCUCCGGCGCAUCAGUGGCCUGGCCCUGUCCGAUGUCGGUCUGCCACACCCGCCGGACGCGCCUGCCCAGGCCCCCGAAGAAGAGGACAACCAGCCGAUCGACCAUCACCAGCGACUGGUGGACGAGCAUGUGCCUCUGCUCACACAAGAUCAGCGGGACGUCUACGACGAAGUCACGCGCCGUCUGGCCACCGGCGAGGGCGGGCUGCUGUUCCUACAGGCACCUGGUGGAAGCGGUAAAACGUUCCUAGAGAAUGUUUUGCUGGCAUCGGUGCGUGCCGCCGCCGGAGAGGCCAUAGCUGUGGCUACGUCUGGCAUAGCAGCCAGUCUGCUGGAUGGAGGGACGACCGCCCACUCGAGAUUUAAGAUCCCCAUCUCGCUCACGGACACCUCCACGUGUGACCUAAGUAGGAGAUGAGAAGCGGCCGAUACCAUCCGCCGAUGCCUCCUGCUGGUGUGGGACGAGGCAGGCAUGGCCCACAGGCGUGCCAUAGAGGCCGUGGACCGGACGCUGAGGGACUUAAGGGGCACCGACCGGCCGUUCGGCGGUCUGCUGACUCUGUUUGCCGGUGAUUGGCAACAGAUCCUGCCGGUCGUGAAGGGUGGUGCGAGGCAUCAGGUUGUCGGUGCCUGCCUCAAAGCAUCCCCGCUGUGGCAGUAUGUGACAUGCCUCACGCUGCGUACAAACAUGCGCGUGCAGCUACCGAUAGGCGUUAUCAUAAGUGUAUUCGCGGCCAUUGGGGCGACGUAAGAAAAGAAGAAACAACUGGCCCCAAGAACUUUAAUGUAUCAGUUAGCAUGCACCUUUUCCUUGAUCUGUAGAGAAUUUACCAUUAAUUGCUAGAGAAAAUUGCAAUUAAAAUCUUCCAUUUAUGCUUUUUUUCAUCGUUUGCACGGUUUGCACAAUAUGUUCUUUUACUAAGCUAGAAACACUACUUAGAAAUAGUUCCCGCAUCAUCGUCAAGAACAAUAGGGAAGGCUUGGAGUGAAUACAAUAAUCUAAACGGUUUUGUAAUCUAUGUGAAGACACUUCUAAAAUUGCCUGUAGAAAUAUUGAAGGCAAAAGUUCAACUUUUUCACAAGACGGAUGCCUUUAAACCUAUUCAACGUGUGACAACUUAGCCGGUAUUUCGUCGCCUACAGCCCAGCUUUCCCUAGUGACCGAUAGAGGCGCUGCUAUCGAUGUCCGCCCGUGCCGCCUAACGACAGGGUGACCUCGAGGCCGGCGAGUAUGCCACCUUCCUGUCGCAGCUCGGCUCCGGCCGGCUUCCUCUAUGCCCUGGCACACUCGACAGCGUGACGGUUCCGCCAACGGUGCUCAGCCCGGCGCGAUCACUCGCCGAGCUGGCCGAGCGCAUCUACCCCGAUCUGGCCCAAAAUUGUCAAAAUCUUGAGUGGCUCGAAGAGCGCACUAUUCUGACAGUCCUCAAUUCGGAUGCUAAAAUCAUCAACGAUCACGUCAUGGAGAGUAUGCCAGGGCAAGAGAAGGUGUAUGACAGCGUCGACACCAUGACCGACACAAACGCCGUGCCAUUAACAGCGGAGGUACUGAAUAAGAUGGAAAUUUCCGGCCUACCACCUCACAAAAUUCGCCUGAAAGCCGGCGCACCGGUUCUUCUCAUGCGCAACUUGGACGCACCGCGCGCUGUUAACGGUACACUGUGCGUGGUCAAAACCCUGGGUGACAACGUCCUCGAGCUGAGCGUGCUGACCGGCCCUGCUCGGGGUGAGAGUGUGUUCGUUCCGCGCAUCCCACUCGAAUCGUCGUCUGACUCUGGCCUGGGGUUUUCAUUCCGGAGGCUACAGUUCCCUUUGAGUGUAGCCUUCGGAAUGACUAUCAACCGGAGCCAGGGUCAGACAAAGAAGCGAGUUGGCGUGUACCUGCCCUCGCCAGUCUUUACUCACGGCCAGUUGUAUGUGGCGAUGUCGAGAGUGGGCGCCGCUGCCGGCGUGGAGGUGUUUGUAGCGGGCACCUCCACCCGCAAUGUCGUGUACCAAGAGGUCUUGGAGUAGUGAGUGGUAUCCCUGACACGGCAGUAGUUCAGAGAGCAGGGCGCACGUCUCAUAUACGUCACACCCAUCUAUUAUGGGUCUGGUAU